AUGCUGCACGUCUUUCCCGGGGUACGUGGCCCAGAAUGGGUGAACUUCCAGGACAAAUACAAGGAGAGAGUCCAGGUGCUCAACACGACGACCCUGAGGAUGGACAAGCUGACCCUGGAGGACAGUGGGCGGUACUGGGCUCGAGUGUCCUUAACGGGAGGAACAGUAUAUGACCAGUAUUUCCACCUCAGUGUGUACGAGCCCGUGUCCCGUCCCCAGAUCCUGGCCGAGAUUCUGUCCCUCACAGCAGACUUGUGCAAAGUCACCCUGGAGUGCCACCCCACGGGACCCACGGGGGCCGUGAACGUGUCCUGGGAGAGCAAGGGCCUCCCCAGGGAGCUGGAGCAGACGGGGGCCCCGGGCCCGGCCCCCACCCCCUGGACCCUGGCUCUGCACCUGCCCCUGAGCCGGCCCAGCCCCAGCGUCACCUGUGUGGUCAGCAACCCGGUGGACCAGAAAACUGCCACCCGGGACCUCGGGGAGGUCUGUGGCCACGGUGAGUACGUCCUGCCUGAGGGGAGGGGCCUCCCGGAGCUCAGGUCCCCCUGGGUGAUGGUUCCUGGUUCUGUCCCCUAUGUUUACGUCACCACCUGCCACCUGUCACCCCAUCCAGAGUCUGGCAGGAGGCGCUCAGGGCCCUACGCUAAGAGUGAGGCUCUGUCAAGGAUCAGUGUCCUGUGA